AUGUCGGACUGGGACAGCGUUACUAUGAUUGGCCAGAAAGCCCGUGUUGGCGGCGGCGGCCCAAGAGAAAAGGUGGCCCGUACGCAGGCCGAGUUGAAUGCCGCCAGACGUGCCGGCGGCGUUUUGGGCACCGAGAAAAAGUACGGGUCCACCAACGUGAAGAGCAACCCCGAGGGCCAGAGAUUGACCAAGUUGGACAACACGGACGACGUGGUGUCGGUCAAGAAGGUGGACGUGUCCGUGGGCAAGGCCAUUUCCCAGGCCAGACAGGAGAAGAAGCUCACGCAGAAGGACUUGGCCACCAAGUGCAAUGAGAAGCCGCAGGUGAUCAACGACUAUGAGGCCGGGCGCGCCGUGCCCAACCAGCAGAUCUUGGGUAAGAUGGAGCGCGCCUUGGGCGUCAAGUUGCGGGGCAAGAACAUCGGCGAGCCCUUGUUUGCGAAGAAGAAGUAA